AUGUCCAACUCAGAGCGGGUGGUGCUAGUGCUGGGAGGAGCGGGGACUGUGGGCUCUGGCGUAGUCAAAGCGCUCCUGGAUAAAGGCUUUAAAGUCGCUGUGAUCUCCAGAGAGCGCAGUCGACUUGACAGACUGUGCUCAUUUGUCUCCCCCAACACAAAGGAUAAUCUCACCACUAUCGUCGGCAAUGUGGGCUCGGAGGACGGGGCAGAGCAGGUGAAGCAGGAGCUGUUGAAGGCAGUGAAGGUGACGGAUGUGGUGUCGUCUCUGGGCUUCAGCUGGUGGCAGGGAGGCCCCCCUCACACACAGAGCCUCAAAGACCUGCAGUGGGUCAUUGACUGCUUACUAUACAGCACUUUUGUCUCAUGGAAGGUUUUCUUUCCACUGGUGAGGGACGACUCAAGCUGCACCUACACCUUUAUCACAGGUGGAGCUGGGGAGAAGUUGCUGAUGCCUGGCACUGGGUUUCUCACUGUGGGGGCAGCGAGCUCUCUUGCUUUCUGUCAGGUUCUCAGAGAAGAGUAUCCAGAUGUAGCCUGCAAACUCAAUCAGGUGAGGAUUGACACCGGCGUGGCCACUGCAGAGCGCCUGGCCCCUGGGUUCCUGAACCACCUGGAGCUGGGAGAGGCCAUCGCGGCUGUGGUUCAGCAGCGCAGCACCUCUCACUCCGUCUUCAACAUCAACAGUCCGGCGGAUUUAAAGACUGUGCUUCUGGAUCAGCACAUUUAG